AUGGUCGACCCUACUCUAGCAGAAAUGGGAAAGAAUCUAAAUGAAGCAAUGAAGAUGCUAGAAGACAAUCAAAGAAAAGUAGAAGAAGAAAAUGAAAAGAAGUACGCACGGAAGGAUAUUCCUGGACCACUCCAAGGCAGUGGCCAGGAUAUGGUGAGCAUACUUCAGUUAGUUCAGAACCUAAUGCAUGGAGAGGAAGAAGAGGAAACUUCGCAAGCCUACCGACUUCAAAAUGUUGGUGAACAGGGUCACAUGGCUCUACUGGGACAUAGUUUGGCAGCUUAUAUAUCAGUGCUGGACAGGGAAAGACUGAGAAAACUUACAACGAGGAUCCUUUCUGAUACUACUCUCUGGCUCUGCAGGCUUUUCAGAUAUGAAAAUGGAUCAGCGUAUUAUCAUGAAGAUGAUCGUGAAGGUCUACUAAAAAUCUGUCGACUUGUUAUUCACACGCGCUAUGAAGAUUACACGGUAGAAGGAUUUAACAUGCUCUAUACUAAGCAACCUGUGAUAUACAUUAGUUCUGCAGCUAGAACAGGCUUGGGCCAAGCUCUCUGCAAUCAGCUGGGGUUACCCCUUUCUUGCAUGUGCCGUGUACCUUGUAACACUAUGUUUGGAUCUCAACAUCAAAUGGAUGUUGCUUUGUUGGACAGAUUGAUUAAAGAUGAUAUUGAAUCUGGAAAACUACCUUUGUUGCUUGUGGCCAAUGCUGGGACGCCAGGUGCUGGGCAUACAGAUAAACUUGGCCGACUGAAGGAGCUUUGUGAGCAGUAUAAUAUGUGGCUCCAUGUAGAAGGUGUGAAUUUGGCAACUUUGGCUUUGGGUUAUGUCUCCUCUUCUGUACUGGCUGCUACAAAAUGUGACAGCAUGACUCUUACUCUGGGUUCCUGGCUGGGUCUGCCUGCUGUACCUGCAGUGACACUCUACAGACAUGAGGAUCCGUCUUUGUCCUUAGCGGCUGGGCUGACAUCGAGUCAGCCUGUAGAGAAGCUCCGUGCCCUGCCAUUGUGGCUCUCCUUGCAGUACCUGGGCCACGAUGGGAUUGUGGAGAGGAUAAAGCAUGCCUCGCAACUAAGUCAAAGGUUGCUGGAAAACUUGAAAAACCUGGAUUUCAUUAAAACUUCGGUUGAAGAUGAACUGAGUUCACCAGUGGUGGUUUUCAGGUUCUUCCGGGAAUAUUCAAAUAGAGAUCAAACCUCACAUGCUGCACAGGCCUCAACUAUUCAGCAUCCCAUAAUAAGCAGCGAAAGACACAUUUAUGACACUUUCAAUCAGUGGCUAGGAGAGCAGUUGGGACAGCUGGUUCCUGCCAGUGGAGUUGAUGUGGUAGAACUGGAAGAUGAAGGCACAUGUGUGCGUUUUAGCCCACUAAUGACGUCUGCAGUUUUAGGAACUGAAAUACAAGAUGUUGAUCAGUUAGUAGACUGCUUAAAAAUGAAGAUACCUGUAUUGACAAGUACACUGCAACUGAGAGAGGAAUUUGAGCAAGAAGUGAGAAGAACUGUAGGCCUGUUGUAUAUUGAAGAUCUCAGCUGGCCAGGAUUAGGUGUUGUAAGAUACAACUAUCACAGCGAUGGGAAGAAUGACGACAAACAAGAAAAAGAACUAGAAAAAAUCAAUACAGAACUUCUGAAAAAAUUAAAUGAACUGGAGUCGGAUCUCACCUUUUCUUUGGGUCCAGAAUUUGGAGGGCAGAAGAACUGCGUUUAUAUUGGCAUGGUAACUGAGGAUUUAGACGUGUCCGAGUUAGUUGAAACUAUUGCAGCAACAGGCAGAGAAAUUGAAGAAAAUUCAAGAUUGUUGGAAAACAUGACUGAAGUUGUGAGAAAAGGGAUACAGGAAGCACAACUUCAGCUUCAGAAAGCAAAUGAAGAGCGACUUCUGGAAGAGGGACUGCUACGACAAAUACCUGUAGUAGGCUCUGUGCUGAACUGGUUUUCUCCAUUCCAAGCCUCACCAAAGGGAAGAACAUUUAACUUAACCGCAGGCUCUCUGGAAUCCACAGAAUCUACAUAUUUGUCAAAAGCCCAAGGAACAGGCACUACUCCACCACCAACUCCUACUUCAAGCCUUGCAAAGCAAAGACUUCCUGGUCAGAAAAUUUUUAAAAGGUCUCUAAGAAGUUCUGAUGCUUUCAGUGAGACCAGUUCAGUCAGCCAUUGUGAUGACCUGGAGAAGAUGGAUCAGAGACCCCUAACUCUGUACUCUGGCCAAGAGCAAGGGCCUUUGGAGACAGAAAAAACAGAGAAGCACAAGGAGGUGGCACAAGCAACAAAGACAGACAGUGAGGACAUUCAGAGUGACAAAUCGCCAAAUGACUGCACAAAGGUAGAGGAACAAGAAAGUCAAAGAUAA